GACAGACAUGCCAAGACAUAUGUGGACAUUGUAGAAAUGAGACAUACUGUAAUACUUCAACUGGAGUAUGUCCUAAUGGUUGUGAAAAUAAUUGGGACGGAACAAUGUGUAAAGAAUGCGAAAACGGGUAUUUUGGACUUAAAUGUGAGGACAAGUGUGGAAAUUGCAUAAACGGAACAUACUGUGAUAAAGAGAAUGGAACGUGUCUUGAUGGAUGCCAUGGUCAUUGGAAUGGAUCAAAGUGUGACGAGUGUGAGAAUGGGUAUUACGGUACAAAGUGCGAGGAUGAAUGUUUUAAUUGUUUAAAACAUUCAUGUGAAAAGGUCAGUGGGCAAUGUUUCGGUGGCUGUAAAGAGGGAUGGACAGGUGCUAGGUGUGAUGCCUUUAUCAUAUCAUUUGAACCAAGUAGAGGAGGAAUUGUUGGUGGACUCCUGACUGCAUUCACCGUGUUCGCAUUCGUAGUCACUAUUGUUAUUCUGGUUCUAAGGCGACAGAUAGAGCAAAGAAAAAGAGAGGACACAGAAAACGUAUCCACAGCCGUCGAGUAUAUCCCAAAGUGUAACCCUGAAGAAAAAGGAUACGUGAAUCUCGGUGGUCAUCUGUCCCAAGCAUCACCUGACAUUAAAUUACAGAAUUCUCUGUCCAAUGGUAUUUACUACAAUAUUAGCCAAGUUAGCACAAUUAUAUAUGUGGAGGAGCUUUACAACACCAUUGCUACAAAAAGCAGUGAAAAGAAUCGUGAUUUUCAAUUGGAAUACAAGAGACUGCCUCCUGCAGACACAAACAAAUGUCUUACAGCCCAGAAGAAAGAAAACGUCAUCAAGAACCGGUUUAAAACGACAUUUCCUUAUGAACAUUCGAGGAUUGUCCUUGGAGAGAAAUGGGACGAAAUUGACAACGAUUACAUCAACGCAAACUUUAUAAAGGAUUAUAAAAGCAAAAGACGUUACAUUGCAGCCCAAGGUCCACGGAAAAAUACUAUGGCAGACUUCAUUAAAAUGAUAUGGCAAGAGAACAUAGAAUGCAUUAUUAUGUUGACAAAUUUAGUUGAAAACGGAAAGAAUAAGUGUGCUAAAUACUGGCCGAAUAAAGAAAAAUCUGUAAAUAUUGGACAGUGUACCCUUAGUCAUUUAGAGGAAACAGCAUAUGCUUUCUAUACAGUUCGAAUGUUCUCAUUUCAAAAGAAAGACUCACAUGACAUACGGAUAGUCACCCAGUUCCACUACACGGCUUGGCGAGAUCACGGUACCCCAGAAGAAAUAGAACUUGUUCAGUUUCGUAGAGCUGUGACAAAAAGAUAUGAAUCUGGUUCCCCUUUACUAGUUCACUGCAGCGCCGGGGUUGGCAGAACAGGUACUUUUAUUGCUCUGGAUUCUUUACUGGAACAAGGAAAAGAAAUGGGGAGGAUCAACGUUUUUGAGUUCGUCAAACAAAUGAGAGAGGACCGCAUGUCUAUGGUUCAGACAUUAGAGCAGUAUGUAUUUCUUCAUAAAGCAUUGCUAUGUGGAUUCCAGGAGAGAGACACAAUCAUAUCAGAAUAUGAUCUUGUCACAAAAGUCGGCUUCCUUCUCAAUGACACAGCACCAUUAAAUCAACAACAAUUAUACAAGGACUUUAAAUUCCUGGAAACCAUAAUUCCAGUGUAUGAAGACGAAUAUAAAGAGGAAGCAUUGAAAACUGAGAACAGGUCAAAAAAUGUUGAUAUGGAUAUUUUACCAGGUAUGCUACAACCCUAG